AUGGAUCUUCAAGGCAACCCCAUCGCUCCCGGCCAUCGCAGCACCAAGGUCACCACCGACCCUGCCUCCCAGCAGCCUAUCGAGGAACCGUCAGGCCCAAUUGCGAAAGACUCUCUUGCGGCUGAAUCUGUCAGUCGCGGCGGCGCUUUCUCUGGGAACCGGGGUGCUGAGCCCCUGGGUGUCUCAGGCAACCAGUCUACCUUGAAGAACACUGAUACCUCUGCCGCAACUACCCUCCCAUCCGCCCCUGUCGGUGCUCUUCGUGAGGACCGUCACCGCCAAGAAAAGUACCCUGAGGCUCUUGGCGGCCAGGGCGACUUCCCUGGCGCCCACCUCCCCGAAUCUGGCUACACUGGCGGCCCGACCGCUGCGAAGCAGCAGAUGGGCCAGCACGCUGGCGAGUACCGUGCCUCCGAGCAUCUGCCUGGCCAAUCCAGCGCUAGUGGCAGCAGCAAGUAUUUCGCCGGUCAGGCGCCGUCCUAUAUCAAUGAGGUGACGGGUGCCUACCAGGGCCAGAAGCCUAAAGGCAAGAAUCUGAAGGAGGGCGGAUUCAGCUCUGACGACGACAAGAAUGCCAGUUUCACCUCUGAAAUUGGCUCCGAGAUGGAUCCUGGUCGAGCUGCUGAGAACAAGUUCCAGCGCACCAUGGCGGAGAGCGGCAUCGAUGUCGGUAGGCCUCGUCAGAAGGGUGUUGACAACCAGACGGUGUACCAGGCUUUGGAACCUGACCAGCGCGCCUAA